AUGAAGAAACAGGGAAGACUCUGGCUGCUGCUCUGGGUGUGUGUGUGUUGCGCGGCCCCUGGCUGCUGUUGGCAUGACCUGGACAACAGCGAAUUCGACUGCUGGCCCCUGGACCGGCCCAACGAGUACAACAUGAUCGACUGUGGAGGUCUGGAGAUGUCCUGGGUGGUUCGUCCUCCAGAGAUGGUGAAAAGCGGCGAGGUGUUUAACGUCACAUACUCGGUGACGGCCCAGGACUCGUUCUACCUGUGGGCCGUGGAGAACCGCAUCUUCACACACAGCUCCAUAGUGGACGCUGCAGCGGCUCGGCGGUUCUGCGAGGAACACAACUGUCCGACAAACUGGAAGGACGCUGACGGAGAAAACUGCUGCAUUCACCACGCCAACAUCCACUCCUGCCCCCUGGGAUACAUGGCGACCGAGAGCAUCUGCGGCCCCUGGAUCCCCGACGACGGGAAAAUCUUCACACACACCAUCUCCACCUCCGGCAAGAUGACGCAGACCAACUGGACCGCCAAGGUGGUUCUGGUCCACGCGGGUCUCACCUCGCUCAUCGCCCACAUCCGAGUCGGCCGCAUGCAGCUCGCCCUGGAGUCCAAGAGCACCGUGGUGCCGCCCGAAGUGUGUGGUGACGAGGUGUGCGAGGGGGCGGAGCUUUGUUCCACCUGCCCGGCAGACUGCGGCGAGUGCCCUUUGACCCCGGCCACCAAGCUGGCCAUCGGCCUGCCGCUCAGCCUCGUCUGCCUCUGUUUCCUGCUGACCGCCGUGUGGUUCCGGUACCAGAAGCAAAAACUCCUGUGGGAUGAGAGCUGGAUCAUCGACUUCACUCAGAUAAAACAAGACGAGGCAGCUCGCACGACCAUGGGCAGCAUCAUGAGCGUCCCGGUCGGAAACAGCGACAGUAACGCCAGCUGCAUGACGGCUCUCGGCUCCUGUACGGGACAGCCGGGCACCCGGAAAACACCGUUCACCUGCACCGGCAUUUACGACGGCAGGACUGUGGCCAUCAAGAGGAUCCAAACUAAGACCUUCUCCCUCUCGAAAGCCAUCAGACAGGAAGUCAAACAAGUCAGAGAGCUUGAUCACCCCAACCUCUGCAAGUUUUUUGGUGGGUGUGUUGAGGUGCCCAACGUCGCCAUAGUAACGGAGUACUGCCCCAAAGGCAGCCUUAACGACGUUCUGCUCAACGAGGAGAUUCCGCUGAACUGGGGCUUCAGGUUCUCCUUCGCCACCGACAUCGCCAGGGGGAUGUCGUACCUGCACCAGCACAGGAUCUGUCACGGCCGCCUCAAGUCCCUGAACUGCGUGUUGGACGACCGCUGGGUCUGCAAAAUCACCGACUACGGGCUGAGGACCUAUCGGCGGGAGGAGGGGGCGGAGCCUCUGACCACCUAUCAGCAGAGGCUGCUGGAGGUGUACACGCCCCCCGAGUGUCACAAGGCCAACGCCGAGCCCACGCUGGCUGGAGACGUGUUCAGUUACUCCAUCAUCCUGCUGGAGAUUGCCACUCGCAGCGACCCCGUCCCGGUGGAGGAGUCUGGUCAGGAGUCCUCCUGGUGUCCUCCUCUUCCUGAGCUCAUCUCCAGCAAAGCCGACAACAGCUGCCCCUGUCCUGCCGACUACGUGGAGCUGAUUCGCCGCUGUCGCUCUCAUAACGCCGCCCACCGGCCCACCUUCGAACAGAUCAGGAAGUUUGUUCAUCGCAUCAACCCAGUCAAAGUCAGCCCGGUGGACAUGAUGAUGAACCUGAUGGAGAAGUACAGCAAACACCUGGAGGUGCUGGUGGCCGAGCGCACACAGGACCUCACACACGAGAAACAGAAGACCGACAGGCUGCUAUACAGCAUGCUGCCCAGGCAGGUGGCUGAUGACCUGCGGCAGGGGAAGCCGUCCCAGGCGCAGAGCUACGUCAGUGCCACCGUCUUCUUCAGUGACAUUGUGGGCUUCACUCAGCUGUCCAGCAGCAGCACUCCCUACCAGGUGGUGGAUUUCCUGAACAAGCUCUACACGACGUUCGACGACAUCAUCGACAACUACGACGUCUACAAGGUGGAGACCAUCGGCGACGCCUACAUGGUAGUGUCCGGCGUGCCCCGGGUCAACGGGAUCCACCACGCGUCCGAGAUCGCCAGCAUGGCUCUGGACCUGGUGGGCGUCUGCCGCACCUUCAGGAUCCCACACAAACCCAGCACACAGCUGCAGAUACGAGCGGGAAUACACUCCGGUCCGGUGGUGGCGGGGGUCGUGGGGACAAAGAUGCCUCGUUACUGCCUGUUUGGUGACACAGUCAACACGGCGUCCAGAAUGGAGUCCACCAGCCAGGCCCUGAAGAUCCAGUGCAGUUCCAGUGUGUAUUACCUGCUGGAGGAGAUCGGCGGCUACGUGUUGGAGUGCAGAGGAAUGCUGCAGAUCAAGGGUAAAGGCGACAUGGUAACCUACUGGUUAGAGGGGAAACAUACAUCGCUGAUACCUAAGGACCCCAGCCCUGACAAGGCAACCAAACAGGUAACCACGGCGACAGAGCUGGAGAACGACAAAGAGAAAGAGAUGGAGAGGGAGAAAGAGAGGGAGCUGUAUUCGUCCAUGCCGGGGUUCCUGAACCACGAUCUUCUCCUGGAUCCCGCUUGAGGACCAACAGCAAGCUCAGUCGACGUUUCCAUUAUGAUGACUUAUGCAUACCGUGUUAGAUGUUCCAGUGGCUGUAUUCAUUUAAAUGUUGUUGCAUUGCAGUGUUUUUGAUCCACUUACAUUUGUGAUGUUUUUUGAUGAUAUGCUGCUUCUGUUUUUGAAUAUUUAGAGAUGAGCUUUUUUUAAAAAUGGAUCAAUAACAACUUAAAAUGAAGGCCUGCAGCACCUCAACGGUAUAAAAUAUAAUGUUUCUAGAGUAGGGACACUUCGGGAUGCAACAAAUUUUACCCCAACUGAAACAUCACAUUCUGGUUUUCCCCAGAGAUGGUUUAAAAAAAUUCAGGUGUGACUUGGAAUUUUCUGAUGAUUGAUAAUACAUCCAAUUUGUCAUUUGUUUGUUUCUAAAUGAGGGUUUUAAAAUGUUAAUGUUAAUGUUAAAGGAGCGUCCCAGUGAUUUUCUGCAUGUCCAGAGUUUCCUCUCCAGAACGUUCCUCUGAUCUCCUCCCAGAGCGAGCAGUGGGGUUUCAGAGCUGCCACAUCACUCCUCCUCCCUUUCCUCCAGCCGCUGGUUUCCAUUCAUUCCACU